ACCCCGCGCGGACCGUGAGGGUGGGGGCGCGGGGCCCGAGGCGUGACGGGUGGGCUCCGCCCCCCAGAGUCCUUUUGCAGCCCCUGCGCAGAGAGGGCGAAGACCAGGCUGACUCGGGCCGAAACCAUGAACCGGAGUUUCCACAAGUCUCAGACCCUGCGGUUCUACGACUGCAGCGCGGUGGAAGUCAAGAGCAAGUUCGGGGCCGAGUUCCGAAGGUUCUCUUUGGACCGCCAUAAGCCUGGGAAAUUUGAGGACUUCUACAAGCUGAUGGUGCACACCCACCACAUCUCCAACGCCGAGGUGACGAUCGGCUACGCCGACGUGCAUGGCGACCUGCUGCCCAUCAACAACGACGACAACUUCUCCAAGGCCGUGUCCAGCGCAAGCCCCCUCCUCCGCGUCUUCAUCCAGAAAAGAGAGGAGGCGGACCACUACAGCUUCGGCGCGGGCGCCUUGUCGCGGAAGAAGAAGGCGCUGGUGACGCUGCGCGACGAGGGUCCCCGCCGGCGCGCCCACCUGCGCAUCGGCGUGCCGCGCGACUUCCGCCCGGUCUCGUCCAUCAUCGACGUGGACAUCCUCCCCGAGACGCACCGCAGGGUGCGGCUGUACCGGCACGGCUGCGAGAAGCCCCUGGGCUUCUACAUCCGCGACGGCGCCAGCGUGCGCGUGACGCCGCAGGGGCUGGAGAAGGUGCCCGGCGUCUUCAUCUCGCGCCUGGUGCCCGGCGGCCUGGCCGAGAGCACGGGGCUGCUGGCCGUCAACGACGAGGUGCUGGAGGUGAACGGCAUCGAGGUGGCGGGGAAGACGCUGGACCAGGUCACGGACAUGAUGAUCGCCAACAGCCACAACCUCAUCGUCACCGUCAAGCCCGCCAACCAGAGGAACAACGUGGUCCGCGGCAGCCGCGCGUGCGGCAGCUCCGGCCAGUCCCCGGACAGCGCGGCCAGCCCCCGCGGCCUGCCGCCCUCGCGCGUGCUGCAGAACUUCCACCCCGACGAGGCGGAGAGCGACGACGAGGCCGACAUCGUCAUCGAGGGCGCGCUGGAGCCCGCGCGCGCAGCCCGCGGCAGCCUCUCCCGGCCCAACGGCGCGGGCCUGGCGCACAGACUGCAGCGCGAGCUGACCCUGGGCGGCCCCGGGCGCGACAGCAACGGCAGCGUCCACAGACUGCUCAGCUCGCUGAAGGCGGACCCGCGCCACAGCCUCGUCCUGCCGCAGGGAGGGGUCGAGGAGCACGGGCCGGCGGUCACGCUCUAGCGCCCGCGUCCCGGGCGGGGGUGGCCGCGGAGGUAAAACGCGCCGGGGAAAUGUUCUUAAACCUUUUAUUCCAAUUUUAAAACAAGAAAAGCAGUUGCAUACUUCAGCCUCUCUUUUUGUUGUUUUUAUUUUGUUUAUCCCUCCCCUCUCUCCCCCACCCUAUCCUCUAUUCCAACUCACUGGAUAGAAAAUAAAAAUACUCUAUUUUUGUAGAAUUUCUCCACAGAAUGUAGAACACACACACGCGCGGACACACUCCGCAUCAGCGCCGUGUGCAGCUACUAGUUCCUUUGUAAAUUGAUAGAAAGGAUGUGACCAAGUGCAGAAAAUACUUCCUUUAGUAUUCAUACUUCAUAUGAAGCUUUAAAAUUACUUUCUUUAAAUAGCGUAAUUCAAUUUUUUAACUUAAUCUAUUUAAAAAAAGAACCCAUGGGGUCAGCACAACAUUUUCACUGUACUUUCUGCCAAGUUGCAAACAAGGCUGGUUUUGCUGAUGGGCCUUAAUACUAAGGAAAAGGAUGUAACGAUGAGGCCACGAGACCGUUUUUUUUAAAAACAAAUGCACUGAUUGCAGCGCAUUUUCAGGCCCAUGUCGUGAUGGACACCAAGGGGACCAGAGAAGAAAGUUAAGGUGUUUGCUUCCCUGCUACAGGGACCACUACCAAGGAUUCCACCCCAAAGGUUGAACCAAAACAUUUUCUUAUUGAUAGUAAAAUUGAUGGAUGGUAACUCCCAGUACUCAGCUCCCAAAAUACAUUCACGUCUGAUCCAACUAGUGACAGAGGUUUCAGUUAAAUAUAUUUCAUUGUUACGAACAAAACAAAAUAAAUGUGCUGAAACUUGUAGUAGCUAUAACCAUGAAAGGUGAAUUGCAAAUGAUCACGUAGUGUUAUGUUCAGGUUUCAUAAAAGCAAAAGGAUGCUGAAUGCCUGCAUAUCAAGUGGGAAAACUAACUGCACAUUGAAAUAGUAGCCCCACUCAAAAGCGACGGGCAGUCAGCCUCCGAAGGUAGAUUUUGUUUUGGGAAACAGCUGGCUUUGUUGGAUUGGAUGGUAAGGUUUGGUAAUACAACUCGAGAUCAAAACCAACACUUGCAUCUUGUUCCAGUGGACUGGUUGACUUGGGGGCAGUGAUAAAUGUUCUCAGCAGAAAUGCUGGAUAAUAGCUCACCUCUAGGCCGGCGCUUUGAGGACAGCAGCCUGGGAGCGUGAGUCCUGUUGGCUUUGUUUUUAAAGCUACCCUGUCUUGGUCACAAUUAGCACACACUGAUUUUCAUUUCCGGUGGGCAGUGGCACGGGUCGCUUGUUUUUAACUGAACAGGUCACACGAGUUUAAUGAUUUUUAACACAUUAAAUUCAUUUGUCACUUCUUUUUGAUCUUUUAGUAACAUUUACGUAUUUAGCAAUUUUACAGGUUUAUUCAUGUUUGAUCCAAUUAAGUUUUAUAUGAAGUAUAUUUUCUGUUUGAAUACAAUGUUGAGGAGGAGAAUGUUACACUUAUACUUUAAGAGCUAAACUUUGACUAAAUAAAACUUUCAUGUAAAUGCAGGUAAAAAAUAUUGCUUUCGGUUGUGGAAGAUGCCAAGCUAAGUGUGUCUCUCUUGGAUCCAGCACAGCCUGUUGGCCAGAUGCUGUCUUGAGGUUUUGCUUUAAUGUCUGUGAGGCUAACGAAAUAUGAAAAUAGCAUAACUCAAAGUUUUCAUUUUUCUGCUUUCCUUAAGUAAAAAGCAAAUUCUGUCUUUAGAAGCUAUUUAUUGGGCAGAAAUAGCCCCUGUGUGUGGUUGUGUCUCCCGUACCUGUGUUCAGCUGUGUCCUCUGCGAAGGGUCGUUGGCUGCUUCAUUCUAAGCACACACGAGACCAAAGGUGUCCCCACUCGCAGGCCUAGGCUGGGGACAGGCACGGGCUCAAGGGACAGGAACAGCGUCCCCAUCAGUUCCCAGCAGUCAGACAAGUGUUUUUACUGGGGCAAGCAUUAUAGAACCCAAACUUAAGUGUUAAGUUACUACCAGAAAUGAAAUGUGCUUUUACUGAAUUAUUGCUGGUUAUAUCUUAUUCAAUAAUUGGGUCUACUACCAAGAAAGAAAAUUAAAUUUCUUACCAUGUUCUAAGUUGUUAAACAAAUGUGAAUAAUAUUUUAAAGGGGAAAAAAAGGCUUACUAUGCGAUUUGUGCACUAUUGUUCAUAAUGUCAGGAAUUGUGAACUGCUUGGAUGUAUUUUUCUACUCAGAUCUGUACUUUUGUCAUUUUCUUUUCUUUAAAAAAAACUAUGUACUAUUAUAUAUUAAAUUUUCUUGGUUUUAUAUAUCAAAUAAUAAAAACCUUUUGCUUUUGAAUUAA